CGCGCGAAGGGGAGGAGGAGGAGGCAGGCAGGCAGGGCGGAAGCGCCUUACCUGAGGAUUUAAAGGGCCAGCAUCCCGUUGCUACAGGUGGUGAUGGAGGAGGAGGAGGAGGAAGGCCUGUCAUCGCCAGGGAGGUGAAACUCAGUUUUAUUAUUAUCAGUGCUCCCCCCCCCAAAAAAAAGAAAUGUUAUGGGGUACUCUCAUUUUUCUACUCAUAUUGAAGUCCUGCCCCUCAAUGAGGCCAAAUUUAGAUUCACAAAAUGUUUAGGGGUAUGUGUACCCCCAGAGGGGGGAAAAGCAAUGGUUAUUAUUACUGCAGUUAUACCUCAGGAUGAAUACGCUUCAGGUUAAGCAGUUUCGGGUUGCACUCCAUGGCAACCUGGAAGUAACGGAACAUGUUACUUCCCGGGUUUCACCGCUCGCGCAUGUAAGGUAAGGUAAAGGGACCCCUGACCAUUAGGUCCAGUCGUGACCGACUCUGGGGUUGCGGCGCUCAUCUCGCUUUAUUGGCCGAGGGAGCCGGCGUACAGCUUCCAGGUCAUGUGGCCAGCAUGACUAAGCCGCUUCUGGCGAACCAGAGCAGCGCACGGAAACGCCGUUUACCUUCCCACCGGAGUGGUACCUAUUUAUCUACUUGCACUUUGAUGGGCUUUCAAACGGCUAGGUUGGCAGGAUAUGUUAUGGGGUACUCUCAUUUUCCUACUCAUAUUGAAGUCCUGCCCCUCAAUGAGGCCAAAUUUAGAUUCACAAAAUGUUUAGGGGUAUGUGUACCCUUGCGUACCCCCAGAGGGGGGAAAAGCAAUGAUUAUUGUUACUACAGUCAUAUCUCAGGACUCUCAAAAUGACAUCACACGCAUUCGUGGAAGGGGCAAAACGCAACCCGUGCACGCGCAGUCGCGUGUUACGUUCGCUUCAGGAUGUGAACGGGGCUCCGGAACGGAUCCCGUUUGCAUCCAGAGGUACCACUGUAUUUAUACCCUGCCCACCUGGCUGGGUUUCCCCAGCCAUUCAGGGCGGCUCCCAACAGAAUAUUAAAAACACGAUCAAACAUCAAAAACUUCCCUAAAGAGGGCUGCCUUCAGAUUAAUAAUAAUAAUUUAUUAUUUCUACCCCAUUCAUCUGGCUGGGUUUCCCCAGCCACUCUGGGCAGCUUCCAACAGAAUGUUAAAAAUACAUUAAAACAUCAGUCAUUAAAAACUUCCCUAAACAGGGCUGCCUUCAGAUGCCUUCUAAAAGUCAGAUAGUGGUUUAUUUCCUUGACAUCUGAUGGGAGGGUGUUCCACAGGGCGGGUGCCACUACCGAAAAGCCCCCCUGACAUUUCCUCAAAUGUCUUCAGUGACUGGGGCAGGGGGCUCUGGUUUCUUAAAAACACAUUCCUUAUGUGCGUGAGGAAUUCAUAUCUGCUGUUAUUUCCCAUGGCUGGGUGACUGUUUAGCUGGCAAGCCCGCAUUUGAUGGAGAAGCGCGUAGCCUAGCCUACCUCUAAGGGUUGUGAGGAUGAAAUUGGGAGGAGGAGGCCAUGUAUACACCACCACCUCAGGCUCCUUGAAAGGAAAAUAGGUUGCAAAUAAAUAAACUAUAGUCGACCCCCUUGCAAUGCAGGCUCCUGGACUAGAUCAUCCAUGACAGAUGGGCAUCCAACCUCUGCUUUAAAACUUCUAGGGAGGGAGGGUCUGUUAAAGAACAAUGCAGCAGUCCCACACAUUUUUAAUGGGAGUAAAUCCUUUGGGUAGGGGCAGUGGAAGGCAAAUGGGGAAGUGUCCCAUCAAGCCCAGUAUACUGUAUUUUUCGCUCUAUAAGACACACUUUUCCCCUCCUAAAAAGGGGGAAAUGUGUGUGCGUCUUAUGGAGCAAAUGCAGGCUGCGCAGCUAUCGCUGAAGCCAGAAGAGCAAGAGGGAUCGAUGCACAAUGAUCCCUUUUGCUCUUCUGGCUUCAACGAUAGCCACGCAAAGCCUCUUGAAUGCAGCCAAAGCACUCCUACCUCUUUGCUCAAGAGGCUUUGCGUUGCUUUCUUGUUUCUUGUUUUCCUCCUCUAAAAACUAGGUUCGUCUUAUGGUCGGGUGCGUCUUAUAGAGCGAAAAAUACAGUAAUCCAUGGGUAGGCAAACUAAGGCCCGGGGGCCGGAUCUGGCCCAAUCGCCUUCUAAAUCCGGCUUGCGGACGGUCCGGGAAUCAGCAUGUUUUUACAUGAGUCGAAUGUGUCCUUUUACUUAAAAUGCAUCUCUGGGUUAUUUGUGGGGCCUGUCUGGUGUUUUUACAUGAGUAGAAUGUGUGCUUUUAUUUAAAAUGUGUAUCUGGGUUAUUUGUGGGGCAUAGGAAUUCGUUCAUAUUUUUAUUCAAAAUACAGUCCGGCCCCCCACAAGGUCUGAGGGACAGUGGACCGGCCCCCUGCUGAAAAAGUUUGCUGACUCCUGAUAUAAUCUCAACCAGCCACCACCUGCCUACCUUCUUACUUACACCCAGUCCAAGGGUGGCCCCCUCCUCCCCUUGGAGAAUUCAGCAGGGAGGAGAAUGAAGACAAAACUAGAAGUUGGCUCCACUGCCUGUCAGUGACUUCCUGGUGACCUUCCUGCCUUCUGUCGGACCAGUUCCAAUAGUCACCAGCCACCACAGGAUAUGAGUAAUGCACAGGAUUGCACUGAAAGUAAUGGACAUGCCCAGUGUUGCAUGGAAUGAUAUACCCGUAAAUAGAAAUUUUUAUUGUAUUUUAAAAGCUUUUUUUCUGUUUAGUUAUGGAAGAUGCUAAAGUUUUUGAGUAAAGCAUUCUAUGAAAAUGAAUCAUGCAGAAGUUUUGUAAACUGUAAUUUUGUAAAAUUUCUACCCUGCCCUUUGUCCUAAAGAAGCCAAGGAUGGCAAACAGCAAAACAUGCAUUUUAAAAAAAUGAUAAUAAAACAAUCAAAAACUCUCAAAUAUCCCCACAGCUAAUAAUGUCACACUUGCACACUUAGUAAUCAUUAAACAGGAAUAUUGCUUUUUUAAAAAAAAUAAUUUUUAUUAACAGACCAACCAAAUCAAAUCACAUUAAUUCCAAAUUACAAAGUCAAUUUUUAAAUUUUUGUUGGGGGUACCCAUAUUUCAAGUUCCAAAAGGGAUCCAAUCAUCUUGCUGUUGCUGCUUUAAUGUCCACAAAUCUGUCCAAAUGAUGUUCACAAUUCUAUCCAAUCCUUUCUUGUUGUUUUCCACAUCUCUUGUUGUUGUUUUCAUAUAUUUUCCCUUUCUCUUUGUGACCUCUGAUAGUCUCCACAAGCGAGUUGAAACAAAUAUUUUGUAAUUAAACAGGAAUAUUGCUAAAUUCCUCCUGAAUUUCAAUAAUGAGUGAGGAAUAUUAAUACUGAGAUCAACAGACACAUCACCAGCAGGGAUGACAUGCCAUAAAGAGGGAACCACUACCAAAAAUUAUGAUUCGGUAAUUGGUAAUAGAUUAAUUAUAUGUAUUCUUACAUAUAUAAUGCAUUUAUAUGACUUAAAUGAGAUUUCAUGCUUGUUGUUUAACUUGUUGUACCUGAAAUAUAUGUCAGUUUUUCUCUUUUUCUCUAGCCUUGUGUUCAAUCGUGGCUGCAGGAGGAUUAAAGGCAAUAUAAUGAAAAUAAAUUUGUGUGUGACUGAGUUGUAUGAUGGCGCCCUCUUGUGAUACAUAUUCAACACACACUGUAGGCGGCAUUGCAGAACAGCAUCAUGAGGCAAAAAAUAUUUCCUGUUUGAAAACAAAUAUAUUUACAUCACUAAAUUCUGAGCACAUUAAUUCCACAUGAUAUGUUGUCAAAUUAUUGUCAGGGCCACAGAUCUUCAAAUUCUAAAAACAAAACUUUGAUCCCAUGCAAGAAAACAAGGUUAGGACAACUUUAAAACUCAAUUUUAAUUUCCAGUCGUUAAAAAUAUAGCAAAACAGGGAGGGGAUGCACAAAACUAAUAAUUAAAAUGGGGAGGGGAAUGGAAAACCUUAGCAUCAUGGAUGUAGCCGGGGGGGGGGGGGCAAAGGGGUAGCUACCCCUCCCUAAAUCAAUAAAAAUCAAUAAAACUAACUCAGGUUCUGCCCCUCCAAUAAAAGCCUACCCCCCCAAUAAAAAUCAUGGCUACACCCAUGCUUAGCAUCUUUUAAGGAUUCUGUCCACAUGAUCACUACACCCUGGGCACUUUUUGCUCAUUUUGACGACCUGCCCAGACUCAUUAACUUGACUGAAAGCUCCUUGACAAAGUUUUCAUUCAAAUACACUCAAAACAAGACUUGUCAGCACCUUUUGUCUUUCGUACUUCCUUCUCUUCUUUGCCCAGCCCCCUUCUUUAAAAUGUUUGGCCUGAGAAGGAGACCUGUGAAAUCCGAAAGGUUGCUCACUCCUGGUAACUUUGCCUUGGGCAAGAUAUAAAACGACUAAGAAAUGUGAUAAAUUGCUGUCAACUGCCCUGAAAUCUACUGAUGAAGGGUUUAAUAAAUGAAAUAAAUAAUAAUAGUAUUGCUACGGGAGUUUCUCCGCACCAAGGCUAAGGGAACCAGUAGAGGGGAUCCACUGGCCCUCCAGAUGUUGUCAAAAGACUCCAAGGAUGAAGAUACUGUGGUCCAACAUCUGUAGAGCCCCAUCACUGACCUAACUGCGCGUGCGCAGAACGAAAGCUUCUGUAAAGCGGCGCCGUUCAGAAAGUACCUUCCACCUUCGUCCUCCUCUCCGAUAGGGGCCGCCAGUCGCUCACGUUCUUAUAACGUCGAGAGCGGCCUUCUCUCUCACUGUUCUUGACCGACGAAAGCGUCACGCGCGGAGUGCGCAUGCGCAGGGAAACUCAACCCCUCCCUCUCGGCGGAGAGCGCCCGCCUCUUCAAUUCCUUCGCUUUCCUCCGCCAUGAAUACGGAGAACUUCCUGGCGAGCGAGAGGCUCGUGAACGCGGCCUACGUGCGGCAGGGGUCGCAGGGGCGCCGCGCGCACGAGCUCCGCUUGCGGGCCUUACUGGAGCAGGUAAAAGGCCGGGCCGGCGGGGAGUUGCUCGUCGUUUCUUCCUGAGGGAAAGCGGGAGGUGGGGGCGUGGCCUCGUCUCCGGGAGCCCCGCCCACAGCUUGCCUACUUUUACAGGCCACGCCCCCGGAGAUGUCAUUCUCCUCAUGGAACAGGCAUAAGCAAGCAGCCUUCCAGGUGUUUUGGGACUACAACUCCCAUCAUCCCCUGACCACCGGCCCUGUUAGCUAGGGAUGAUGGGAGCUGUAGUCCCAGAACAUCUGGAGGGCCGAGUUUGCCUAUGCCUGGCAUGGAACACAGAACGUAGGGAGCUGCCUAACAACAAAAAGCAAGGUUCUAGUCCUCAUGGUCUGAAUAAAAGGCUAAUUUAAGGAGGAAUAUCUGACUUUUCUGGGACACGGGUGGCACUGUGGGUUAAACCACAGAGCCUAGGACUUGCCAAUCAGAAGGUUGGUGGUUCGAAUCCCCGCAAUGGGUUGAUCUCCUGUUGCUUGGUCCCUGCCCCUGCCAACCUAGCAGUUCAAAAGCACCUCAAAGUGCAAGUAGAUAAAUAGGUACCGCUCCGGCGGGAAGGCAAACGCCGUUUCCGUGUGCUGCUCUGGUUCGCUAGAAGCGGCUUAGUCAUGCUGGCCACAUGACCCGGAAGCUGUAUGCCGUCUCCCUCGGCCAAUAAAGCGAGAUGAGCACCGCAACCCCAGAGUCGGUCACGACUGGGCCUAAUGUUCAGGGGUCCUUUACCUUUUUAUCUGACUUUUAGAAGACAUCUGAAGGCAGCCCUGUAUCUGGAAGUUUUUAAUGUUUGAUGUUUUAUCUUGUUUUUAAUAUUCUGCCGGGAGCUUCUCAGAGUGGUUGGGGAAACCCAGCCAGAUGGGCAGGGUAUAAAUAAUAAAUUAUUAUUAUUAUUAUUAUUAUUAUUAUUAUUACAGAGUCAUUUAGUCCAUCUAGCCCAGUAUUGUUCACACUAACUGGCAGCAGCUCUCCAGGGUUUAGACACCACCUGGAGGUGCCAUUGGGGACUGAACAUGGCAAGGCAGGCAUUCUGCCACUGAGCUACGGCUCUUAUGCAGCCCUGGGCGCAAAAGGACACCCCACCCCGGCCGUUCUGUUUCUGAGCAUGGUUGUGGUGGCAGCGCCUCUGAUUCAGUGAUGUAAAACCCUGGAGGCCAAUAAUAAUAAUAAAUUUUAUUUAUACCCCGCUCUCCCCAGCCAAGACCGGGCUCAGGGCGGCUAACAACCAAUAAUAAAAACAAGUUGAUUUAAAUACAACUUAGAAAACAAGAUUAAAAUACAACAUUAAAACGUUAAAAUGCAGCCUCAUCACAGGAGGAGAAAGGAAAAAGAAAGAGGGGGAGGGAAUCAAACUGAUUCUAAGCCAAAGGCCAGGUGGAACAACUCUGUCUUACAGGCCCUGCAGGAUCUGAUUUCUUUCCGCAGGGCCCUGGUCUCAUGAGACAGAGCGUUCCACCAGGCCGGAGCCAGUGUUGAAAAGGCCCUGGCUCUGGUUGAGGCUAAUCUAACUUCCUUAGGGCCCGGGACCUCUAGGGUGUUGCUAUUUAUGGACCUUAAGGUGGCUUGUCCACAUAGCAGCAAGGUCGGAAGCUUCCCACUGGCGCCUUGGUAUGGUUUUAGCUACUGGCAGCCUUUGUCUCUUUGCAGUUAAGGGCCAUUUACUCUGCCACGCCUCUGAAUGCACUUUAAAGUGCAUCCAACACACAUUUUAAGUGUGUGACCCCCCCCCCCCAAAAAAAGAACGCCGGGAACUGUAGUUUUUUAAGGGUUCUGGGUCUUGUAGCUCUGUGAGUGGGCAGCUAUAGUUUCUCAGGGCUCUUUGGGGGAAGUCAUGUGCUUUAAAUGCUUGUUGGGUGUUCUUAAAAUGUAUGGUAUGGGUCUGAGAAUUGUCUACUCAUAGAAGAAGAAGCACACUAUAAAUAGUGAUGAGUUUUGUAUCUCAUAUAUUUUGUGAUUUUCCAUACCUAGCCAGGCCCAUCGAGAUGCAUAGGAGGAAAGGCAGCAAGUAAUAAUGCCUUAUUUUUGGCAGAGCUAUCAGAAACCUUUGUUCUUCUGACGUGUUAGUUACAUCUGUUAGGUCCGGCCAGCUUAAUACGUAACCUAAUACUAUUGAGUAAGCAUUCAUAGAAAGUCCCACUGAAUUUGUUUGCUUACUCUCUACCUACUUAAGACACUUUACUGAAGAAAAUAACCUUGGAUAAUUUUUUCAUCCUCAGAAUAAUGUGUGAUCUACAUAUGCACACUUAAUUGUGAACAUAGCUUGAGAUAGUGUUAACUUCAUCCUUCUGCUUCUGGACUAGGUUUCCCUGUUAGCUUUGAAAUUCAAGCAAAAGUGGUAGCUAUAUUGCAGGCACAUUCAACAGGUGGAUCGUGAACUACUGGUAGAUCACUGGACGUGGCUGGUAGAUCAGUGGCUCCCCUCAAAGAAGCUGUACAAGUUUUGCUCCCCUAGAAAAAGCUCAAAUUUUUUGCCUUGCUUCCCCCAAAACAGGGCUUUCCUUCCUAAAAAAAAGCUCAACAAUUUUGACCUGGACCCCAGAAAAGGGAGUAGAUCACUGCCAGCAGAUCUCAGUCUCUUGGGAGUUGGCCACCCCUGCUGUAUUGGAAAUGGUGCCUCAUUUCAGACAGUCUUUCACUGUUUUCUAAACAACUAAACUAAAUUAAUCUAAACUGUAACUGAGAUUGGAUAGGUGCACUCUUACCCCUCUUGCAUGUGAAUUUUUUCUCUUUUCUGCGUUUUGCUUUAAUCACAGUUAAAGCCUUGUGGUUUAGAGCUUACCAGGAUUUGGGAAGAAAUUGUGGUGUGCAAACCUAUUUCCAGCCAGCAUUUCAAGUUAGGGUUUGAGGCAGUCCUGGUUGUUUUUAGCCCCAAUGAAGAUGUAACCGUAAACUGUGGUUAUGAGCCAUAGAAGGGAGUUCAACAUUUGCAUUUGAGAGGGGGAAAGGAAGUGUGCAAACCUGCUGCAUGUUCACCAAACUAUGGGUACAUCACCUGAAGUGAGCCAGUGUUGCAAUCCUGCAAGGCAAAUGGUGUGAGUUUGAACACCUUGAUAUUUUUCUGCGUGAAACUAAAUGACAUUGGUGGGUUUAAAAAGAAGUUUCUUUGCAGUGGUGGGUUUAAGAAGAAGUUUCUUUGUAGUACUUUGCAAUAAUAGAGUACUUUUCAAUUAAAAACAUGGUGUGUUUUUCAAGUUACAGAUUCAUUUUUCCUUAUUCUAGUUUAGCUUAUCUAAGAAAAUGAAACAACAACAAUGUACUUUAUGUGUGUACUUUAACUGUAUUGUAUUUAAUUGUACUGUUUUCUGAAGGGCAAAUGUCCUGAAGAUGGAUGGGAUGAAAGCACUAUUGAACUUUUUCUCCAUGAAUUGGCAAUUAUGGACAGCAAUAAUUUCCUAGGCAACUGUGGUGUGGGUGAGAGGGAAGGAAGAGUGGCAUCAGGGCUUGUAGCCCGCCGGCAUUACAGGUAAAUAUGGCAUUUUUAAUAUGACAAGUGACUUAUUUCUCUUUUAUACCUGUUUUCCUCCUGUCAAGGAAUGUGCAUAACUAGGUAACAACUAGAUUUUAUAUUCCCCAAAAUGAGGGCUCAGCCAUUGUAUUGCUAUGUGUUUAUGGGUGCUAGAAUUUACCGGUAAUUAAGGUUUGGGGUGUGAAAGCUAGUUUUCUUGGAGGUGAUAGCUAGACACAGACCCAGUGUGUAUCUAAGCCAGGGGUCUGCAAGGGCUGGAUCACUCCCACGGAGAUUAUCCGUGGGCCAGACGAGCGCUGCGCGACACCGGAAAUCACGUCUGCGCAUGUCUGUGGCGCCGAAAAUUGCUUCUGCGCAUGCCCGGACGCCGAAAAUCACACCUGCGCAGAAGCGAUUUUUGGCGUCUCGACAUGUGCAGACGCGAUUUCCAGUAUCUGCAGAGGACUCGAUGAGUGGGCGGCUUGGUUCGGGGGCAGUCGUGGGCCGGUAAAAUGGUCUUCGUGGGCCGCAUCUGGCCCAUGGGCCACACGUUGCCAACCCCUGAUCUAAGCCAUGCGCUAGACCUUGUUAAGCCAAGUAUAAAAGCUGACUAACUCAGAUAAUUUCCUUUUGAGGUGUUAGCCUAGGGAUGAACCAUUUAGGCAACACAAAGGUUCGAAAGCAUAUCUCACUUGGAAAUGAGUGGGUUUCCUUCCUUCCUCAAAGAGGUUUAGUUUAAAAGACAAUGCUGGUGUUUUUGGAAAAGUUAGAGUUUAGAAUGGCAGUUAGGAGUUAAGCCACAGAUUUACUAAGCAGUGGACUUGGGAGAGAGUCAGAAAGCAAGAUGCUGGUGUCUUAAUCCAAUACUGACUAUGGAGAAGCCAUAACCUCUUGCAUUGUAAUGCUGGAGAUCCCUCUUUGGUAGUCUUAGGUUGUAAAUAUGUGUAAAUAAACCAUAUAUCAUAAGGACAACACAGUUUCUGCUGCUCCUCAUUGUUCAGAAGGAAACACAGACCCUGGAUAAGCGUAGCUGGUAUUCCUGGAAUCUGGAAUCUUGCACUACUCAGAAGUAGGGGUAGCAGGUAACAGUAUAUUCCUUCUUCCCAGCAUCCUUCGGUGCAGUCUGAAACCUCCAUAGCACAUAAGAGUCUUGUUUGAAUGUUGACUACUUCCUCCCAUGUUCCACCUUGAGAUCUUUCAUCUUAGUUCCAUUGUUUAGCAACUGAAAAUUCAAAAAUCUGCACAGCAUUUUCUGACAUUUUGAUUCGUUUAAUAAAUACCAGUAUCAGCUUAAGAAUGGUUCUUAUGGAUUAUGAUGGCUAGCUCUACUUUUUUGCUGCUUUUUCAAGUUGCUUGGGUUUUUCUACACAGAUAUUUUGUUUAAAUCUGCUUUUUAUUUUUAAAACAAACAGCGCAACAAACUUAGUACAUAUCACUUAAACCAGAAGAUUGGCACUUUAACCUGGUUUAUUGGCCAAUUCCAACGCUUACUAGAGUAGCAAAAAUAUAUAUAAUGGGGUAUACUAGUUGUUUCACCAUUACUUUCUCACGAAGGAUGGUGUCACACUAAUGUUUUAUUUAGAUCAUUAGUAUACCAUAUUAGAUUUUCUUUAAAAAAAAAUCUUAAGCAGUUUACAGCAUAUUUUAAAAUAUUUGAAGUACUACAUUACUGAAUAUCAGAAUAGAUUUUCAGAUUUAUUUAUAUACAAAUUACAAAUCGUAUACAAAAAUGCAAUAAUAACCCACAUUUAAAAACAACAUAAUCACUGUUGAAACAAAAUAUCCUCUUAAAGAUUACAAAAAGAGAAGUAAAAAUCAAAUAGAAAAAUACAUUAAAAACCCUGCAUCUUAUAAAACAGUAUUAGCAGCUAAACAAAAUCACUGAAGUAGAAGCUAUACCCAUGCUUUCCUUCAUAGUAACGUCUCCCAAACACAUCCUUAGUACUCUCUAACAUACAGAUCUCAGCCAUUCACACCAACCGUAUCCAUAAUGCAGACAGAUAACAGUACAGUGGUGCCUCGGGUUACAGAUGCUUCAGGUUACAGACUCCGCUAACCCGGAAAUAGUACCUCGGGUUUAAGAACUUUGCUUCAGGAUGAGAACAGAAAUUGUGUGGCGGUGGUGUGGCAGCAGCGGGAGGCCCCAUUAACUAAAGUGAUACCUCAGGUUAAGAACAGUUUCAGGUUAAGAACGGACCUCCAGAACAAAUUAAGUUCUUAACCCGAGGUACCACUGUAUUGCAGUUGUGUAGCACUGGUCCAGUUCAUGGAUGGAUUGCAGGUAGAAUCUCAUUAUGCUAAUAUAUGGUUUGGGGUUUGGGUUUUGUCCAUUUGCAAAUUUUUGAAUUUGCUUAUACUGUACAUUUAUAGCUUGAUAUUUUGUUAUGAGCAGAAAUAAUUUUCAUUAUUCCAAUAUUCCCUUCAUCCAAGGCAAAAGAGUUAAGGGUAGGAUGGGAGAUGCAUACAGCACUUAGGGGUUAUAAUCAUGGUGUUCCUCACACCAUGUGUACAUUAUUUAACAGAAGGUCAGCCAACUAUAACAAGUAGGUGCAGCCUUCUGCUCAAGUACCUCUUUCUUCCAACUUCACACAUGAUAAGUGUUGCCAGAACAGACAGAGUUGGUUUCAUAUUAGGGACGGGUAUUUCAGUUGAACCGUGUACCUGUUCUCUGUCAUCCUAAACGAUAACAGUAGGUUCAUGGUUCCUGAAAAGAGAGACAAUAAUUACAAACAGGUCCUUUUCUCAUAUGUUGUGUUCCUAAUGCGAGUAGAAUGCUUGUAUGAGCAGGUUUUUAUAUCUUUUUGAACAUAUGAACCCCUGCUUCGUAUGCUAAAAAUGUGAAAAUAAUUUCUUUGCUGCUAUGUUAACAAAUAUUAGCAUAGUGAAAUUGAAUUUUUGGAUGAAGAAAUAAAUGAUGUAUUCUUCUCUUCCACUUCAGCUUAAUUAGUUUUACAGUGGAACAUUUACCCUUCACCAGCACACUAAUCAGAAUUUCUUCUAUCCCAUAUAUUAAAACAAAAACAUAUUAAACAUCAGUUACAUGCAUAUAUUGAAUUAUGGGAGUUGCAUUUUUAAAUGACCCUUAUGACAGAUUAAUUGCGGCUAACAUGAACAAAAGCCCAUUAAAAUUGAUUUUAUUCAAAUGAAGCAGAGCUUAUGGGCAAACUCAGCUUCUAAGGGCCUAAAGUCCCAGGUCAUCUGGCACUUGAUUGGGCUGUUGUAUAAUUUACAGCCAACACAUUUUUAAAUAUAAGCUUACUUUGCUGCUCCAAACAGUAUGCAUUUGUUGUUCCAGCUGUCAUUAUAAGUGACACUCUAUCACUUAAAAUUAUUCCAACACUGUAAGAAUUAUAAUUCUUACAGGGUUGGAAUAAUUGUAAGUGAUAGAAUGACAAAGAGCUCCAGGUUUUUUGGCAUGUCCACUCCUUAUAUGUGGUUUCCACCUGCCCCUCACCUAAGUCUUCUGUGUGUGUUAAAGAACUGGGGAGAAUGGGACCAGUAUGUCUCCCUUCUUGGCUUAGCAGAAGGCAGAAUCAAUGCAGAGACCUAUUUUGCUUCUGUCCUUACAAGGAACCUCUGGCAUGCACAGACGACUUCGACAGAGCUCAGAGUCUUGUUUUACCUUGCCCAGCUCCUUAAGGAAGGCAAACAUUGGGUUGAGGGGCUUGUAAUGUUUGGAAUGUAUUGAGGAACCAUCAAAGGCAACUGCGAGAGCAUCCUGUAGGAGAGGGAGACAGGGAACCUAGACAGUUCGUUUCAUUCUGUGUCAUGCAACCAUGGAAGAGAUACUGGCCACAGAUCAUGCUUAAGACAAAGAGACCUUAAUCAUGAACCUUGACUCAGCUGCCAUGGCACUCUGUGCUGAAAGGACCGUCAAGUAGCAAAGUGAAUGCAAACUCCUCUACUGGAGCCAGCAUGUUCACGUGGUGCAGGUAAACCAGAGUUUAGCAUACCAGGAAAUUGCAAACCAGGUCACUGGGGCCUUCCAGGGGCUCAGCAUCCCCUCUUGUGUUUGCAGUCCAGGGCAGGCAGAAGAACUGGCUAAAUUGCCAAGCUACCAUAGACAGCUGUUGGCUGUCUUCAAGUUGGUGGGUCGCAAGUUUGGUAGGUCUACAUAGCAGUAGAUACAAUAACUGAAUUUACAGCAAGUCACAUAUUUUGAAGUUAAUGCCAGUACAAUUCAUGAAGUUGGUUCUCACUAAGUCAUGGUGCAAAACUGUAUCUGAGUAUCUAUUUUUAUGUUAAAAGUUGCAUUUCCCUCCCAACCUUCUGUUUCGUUUCCAGGCUGAUCCAUGGGAUUGGAAGGUCAGGCGAUAUUUCUGCUGUUCAGCCGAAAGCUGCAGGCUCCAGUCUCUUGAACAAACUUACUAAUUCAGUUGCCUUGGAUAUCAUAAAACUUGCCGGUAAGUGUGGAUCCAAGCGCAUGUGUUCCCUUACAGGUACUUGCAGUAUUUUAAGAGCAUUUGUUUUUCACAUCUGAUUUUUGUCUUUUACCUGCAGGUGUCAGGACAGCAAGUAGCUGCUUUGUGGUCCCCAUGGCAACUGGCAUGAGCCUAACGUUAUGCUUCCUAACCCUGCGGCACAAGAGACCAAAGGCAAAAUACAUUAUCUGGCCCCGCAUAGACCAGAAAUCCUGUUUCAAGUCAAUGAUCACUGCAGGUAAAAGGGUUUGUGUGGAGUGCUGGGGAUUCUUGUUGCUUGCUUAGCACAAGCUCUGAACAUGUUGUUUGAUUCUUGGUAAACCUCUAGCUGCUAAUGCCUUCCUGGGACUGCAAUAAAAGCGGGGAGCUUGUCAGAUACCUUGCAAUACAUGACUAGAGGUUUUGUUUUUGUUUUUUUGCAUGGUAGGUCGGAAAUUGUGUAGGCUUGCAAUAUAUAUAACUUACUGGAAGCCUGAUACAAGCUAUGAUUUUAAAUAAUUAUAUGCAAAAUUCAGUUUCCUUCCUUCUUCUAUAGUUUUCUGGUUUCCCAGUUAUCUUUGAAACACACAGUCUCUUUUGUCCCUGGGUCAUGUGAGGAUUUUUCUAAAGCCGCACAAACCUUACACUUCUCGGCAGAAAUCGUACUGAUUUUCAAUAUUCUAUUGCUCACCUAUUUGAAGAGUGAGAAUAUGUGUGAACAUUCUGUAGCAUUCUAGCAGCUUGUCCAGAGGCUGAUUAAGAACUUGCAGACAAGCACCUGUGGUAGAGAUCCACAAAAUCUGCAAUAGCUUCUAAGAAGGGAAAUAGCCAAUAAGCUCCUGAAAGGCUAACUUUUUUGAGAUUUACGUCAAGUGUGAUGUAUGCUGCCUCAACACCUUUGCUAUAUUCUGCAGCAUUUCUUUUCAGAGUGUUCAAACCACUGUUGACACACUUAGAAUAUUAUGUCCAUCUUCCAGGUUCUUUUACUGGAAGCUGGAUGUUCAUGCCAUCUUGCAGGACAUUUUUGCUAGCAAUAUUUUAAAUUGAGUCUAGAGAGAGUAGCCCUGUCUGCUAUAUCUUAUGUUUGAACGUCAGAUCUUGCCCUUAAUUUUAAUUUUCCAUGGGAUGUUGUAUGGCGAGUGCCAGUGAGAUAAUUUCCUGGACUGAUGGUGCAAUACCAGUUUAUUUACUGAUAUCCAUAGUGGCUACUAUUAAAGUUUAAUACUAAUUUUAAUAGAAUAGUCUCUGUAAUUUUAAAUAGAAUAGUUGUCUCUGUAGUAAGCAAUGAGAAUAAAAUCAAACAAAGGAGGCAUACUGGAGUGAAGAUAGGCACAUAGAGUGAAGAUUAAAUUGUAGGAGAAUCCAGGCUGCCCACUCAUAUAUAUUGUUUUUGUUGGCUGGACUAGGUUUUGAGCCCGUGGUGGUAGAAAAUGUAUUAGAAGGUGACGAGCUACGUACAGAUCUCAAGGCAGUGGAAGCUAAAAUCCAGGAUCUUGAGGCUGAUAAUAUACUCUGUGUUCAUUCUACCACAUCAUGUUUUGCUCCAAGGGUGCCUGACAGGUAAAUAAAGCAACAUGUAAACUUUUGGUAGCGAAAAUUUAUAUUUGACUUUGAGGGUAGUUAUGAUACUACUGCCUGUGAUUGACUAAGUUUCCCUAAUCUCCAAGAGCAGGCAUAGGCAAGCUGCAGCCCUCCAGAUGUUUUGAGACUACAGUUCCCAUCAUCCCUGACCACUGGUCCUGUUAGCUAGGGAUGAUGGGAAUUGUAGUUCCAAAACAUCUGGAGAGCGGGAGUUUGCCUAUGCCUGUCCACGAGGGAUCAGAUAAUGGAGAAGGGUCUCUGGCUGUUGUUGGUUGAGCUUCUCAUGUCCUAGAAUGAGUCACCGCAGGCAGAGGGACAGGAGGAAAUAGAAAAUAGAGAGACAGGAUCACAAGCAGGCCUCAGACUAAUGGAAGCAUUGUAGGGGAGAUGGGGAUGGGAACUAGGAAAGAAAGACUGGGAAUUGUCCAGAGCUGUGAGGAAGACCAAGGAAGAUACUUUAUCCAGGAAGGAAAGUGGGGAGAAAGUUGGCAGAAACAAGAGGUUCACAUGGCCAGGAACUCAGAAAGGAAGAAGGUUUAAAUGUUAACAGAUGUAAUUGACACAGUCUGCCAGCUAUUUGGUGGAGGUCUAUGACUGAGAUACAUUUUAUGGUCUGGUUUUAAGCUGACUAUAUCCUUGCUAGAGUAAGAAUUCAAUCAAAAGACUAGGGGAAUCUCUUUGUACAGCUCUUAAGAUACUAUCUUAAGGGGACGCGGGUGGCGCUGUGGGUAAAACCUCAGCGCCUAGGACUUGCCGAUCGCAUGGUCGGCGGUUCGAAUCCCCGCGGCGGGGUGCGCUCCCGUCGUUCGGUCCCAGCGCCUGCCAACCUAGCAAUUCGAAAGCACCUCUGGGUGCAAGCAGAUAAAUAGGGACCGCUUACCAGCGGGAAGGUAAACGGCAUUCCGUGUGCUGCGCUGGCUCGCCAGAUGCAGCUUGUCAUGCUGGCCACGUGACCCGGAAGUAUCUGCGGACAGCGCUGGCUCCUGGCCUAUAGAGUGAGAUGAGCACACAACCCUAGAGUCUGUCAAGACUGGCCCGUACGGGCAGGGGUACCUUUACCUUUACCUUUAAGAUACUAUUCUAGACUACAGGUAAGGUAUGGUAUAUUUGAAUGCUCUCUCAUAUUGAAGCAAAACCUCUUGCACUUAAAAAGCUAGCAUUUUAUAGGUAAGGUUCUGUUGUGCUGGCUUGUUUGUGCAGAAAAAUCUUAAAUGUCAGAAUAAUGCAAUAUUUGCAUGUUAGUCUUCAACAAUUCAUGGAAAGACAGGAGGGAGUUCCUGACUAGGAUAUGAAUAUUACCAGGUGGAACAAAAGUCAGACAAACGAUUUUUAUCAUACCUGCUUUAGAUUAAUGAUCCUCCACAACUGUACUUUGGAGUAAAGUUAUUCUUGCAAAUUGCUUUUCCUGAGGGUCUCUAAUUAGGAUGGAUAUCAUCUUUAGCUGCUGGAAUUAUUGAUAGAAAAACAACUUCUUUAACGUCUAAUGUUUCUGCUACCUCUCUGCUGAUGUUCAUUUGAUAAGCUUAUAGGAAGUGUUGACUAACUGUGCAAUCCUAAUCGUGCCUACUCUGAAGUAAGUAAGCUCUGUUGAAUUUAGUGGGGCUCACACCCAUGUAUGUGGAGCUAGGAUUGCAGCCUAAGUCAUUCCAUUCCCAGCAGUUAAAACAAAAGUAAUUAACAAAAUUUUAAAUUCCAUAAAAAUGCAUCACUAUUCAUUUUGUGAACUCUUCAUCUGUGAUUGUCAGCAAAAAUUUGUUUGGAACACUUCUGAACUCCACAAAAUGUAACACUUCAAGUCUGCUUUUCUAUUCAAAGUUGAACCGUAUUCCAAUUUUGUGGGUAAAUGAUUUGGGCUUGUGGAUGGGAGACAAAGAGUCGGCUGAGAAACUAAUAAAUUGUGAUUGCGGUUGCAGAGGGUAAGAAAAUUUAUCCUCUAAAUUGGAUUGUCUUUCAAGUAGUGGUGGUAAAAAUGAUCUGUAGUAUAAACUGUGUAAAUAACUUCCUUCAUGCAUGCAAAUAUGUAUCUGCAGUUACGUAAUGAGGAGCACAGUCAAGGGUUUUACAGGUUUAGUGAUUCCUAUUAACACAUUUACCACUGUCACAUAUUAUUGCAAUGGUCAAAAGCAUCUCCUAGCGUAAGAUAGCCUUCCUCUCUAUUUUUUAGACCUUUAUCUUGCCUUACUUCUUUUUUCUUCCUCAUUUCCAUAUUACCUUUUUGUAUUUUUUUAAUUCAGUUGUUUCAAAAAUGGCAGAUCCAUAGGAUUUUGCAUCCUGUGAUCUUAAUCCGGAGUGUUCUGCAUAUGAUCCUUGACCUAGCUAUAUAUUAUGGGGUAGAUAGGAUAGUAGUUUUAGACUGCGUCCAAGGAACUUCUGGCGUUUCACAGAAAGCUAGUGGAAGGGAUAUUCUCCAGCGAAUGCAUCCGUAAUGACUGACAAGUUUCCCUGCAGAACAGCUUGUGUGCCAGUACCCUUCUUCUCCCACAGGACAUGGGUGUGUGGGUGUCUGGUAUGUCCAAAAUUUGAUGGCAAGCUAGGAAAGUAUUUCCUAAAGGUGAAAAGUUUGAAAAUUACUGAUGUAGGGGAAAGAUGAUCAAGAUCAACUGAAACAGCAACACACACCAGCAUUGAACUGUUGGAUUGUGACCUCAAUGUCAAGUACUAGCUAGAAUUUGCAGUCCUCCUCUAGAAGUCUUUGCAUUUAGAAAUAUAAAAAGGUAAAGGGACCCCUGACCAUUAGGUCCAGUCAUGACCGACUCUGGGGUUGCGGCGCUCAUCUUGCUUUAUUGGCCGAGGAAGCCAGCGUACAGCUUCCGGGUCAUGUGGCCAGCAUGACUAAGCCGCUUCUGGCGAACCAGAGCAGCGCACGGAAACGCCGUUUACCUUCCCACCAGAGCGGUACCUAUUUAUCUCCUUGCACUUUGACGUGCUUUUGAACUGCUGGGUUGGCAGGAGCAGGGACUGAGCAACGGGAGCUCACCCCGUUGUGGGGAUUCAAACCGCUGACCUUCUGAUCAGCAAGUCCUAGGCUCUGUGGUUUAACCCACAGCACCACCCGUGUCCCUUCUUUAGAAAUAUAGUCACACAUAAAAGUUGAACUUCUGAGUAAGAAUCUUUUUUUCUUUUUACUGUAAAUUAGUUUCGGCUACACUGAAUUGGUUUUUUAAAUAUAUUGUUGAUUUAUUGAUUUAAUACACGUUUGUACAAGUAUGUGGUAAAAGGAUAUAAAGUUGGUCUAAUAAUUCUGUCUUUGUGCCGCGAAUGUUGUCUAAACUGAGUUGGAAAAAAUUCUGAAUUGAAAUGUGAAAAUAAAAAUAACCUAAUCUCAGGCCAUUGCAAUUUGCCGUUCAUUUCUGUGCCGGCAGCUUUGUAGUCCGGUACAUUGUUGUGCGCUGUCUCAUUCCUGAAACUAUGAAUUUAAAAUAUUCAAUGGCAUUUGAAGGGCCUUUUUUUUAUUAAAGGACUGCUGUCAACCCCUGAAGGUCACACAUUUAUCUUUUCAACAGGAUUGCCCCCAUUGCUGCAACCUCAGAAAAUAUAUUUCAACUUUGCUAUAACAUUUUGUCUAGGUAUCAGAUGAAAUGGCAUUUUCCUUUUAUAACUUUUAUGUGGUCAUUUCUUCCAGCACUAUUCCUUUGCAUGUAAAGACUAUUUGAACUCCCAUGUUAGGGACCCCUGCCCGAGGAAAGUGCAGGCAUAAUUGUAUUCCUUCCUCCAAAGUUUCAUACUUCAUAUAAUUAUUUCUCGGGAGCACCUAUCUCCUCAGCCAGCUCACUUGUUCUACCCUUAGACUGCAAUCCAUUGAACUCUUACUUCUCAGUAAGCAUGUAUAAGAUCAUGCAGUUACAAUGCAAACCAAACCAGAAAUAGGUGUGCACAUUGUUUUGAGUGGUUCUAAAUGCACCUUACUUGUUGAUUGGAUUGCGACCUGUUUUUCUAGCUGUUGUUCUAAACCAGAGAUGGCAAAUGCCCAUAUUCUUAAACUACUAUAUUCUGCAAAAAUUCAGUAGCCAGAUCUACCUGAGCCUAGGGUUUGCCAAUCGGAAGGUCGGCGGUUCGAAUCCCCGCGAUGGAGUGAGUUCCCGUUGUUCGGUCCCAGCUCCUGCCCACCUAGCAGUUUGAAAGCACGUCAAAGUGCAAGUAGAUAAAUAGGUACCACUGUGGCGGGAAGGUAAACGCCGUUUCUGUGCGCUGCUCUGGUUCGCCAGAAGCGGCUUAGUCAUGCUGGCCACAUGUCCCGGAAGCUGUCUGCGGACAAACGCCGGCUCCCUCGGCCUAUAGAGCGAGAUGAGCACUGCAACCCCAGAGUCAUCCAUGACUGGACCUAACGGUCAGGGGUACCUUUACCUUUACGUUUUACAUAUCUAUAUAAAAUAAAGCACACAGCAGAUGGUUUUAAAACAUCCUUUUCCUCCUGCAUUUCACUUUAAAUACAUUUGAGAGUGGCCCUUUGAAUCUCUUUGAACUCUGGCAUCUCUGCAACCUUGCUGUUCAGAGCUCCUGCAACCAAGAGCAAAAGUAAUUGAUGUUCCUGCAAGGAGGGCAUCCUAGUCUAUAACAUCAAACUUAACGAUUGCUGCCUGAAUUCCUUGACCAUUAAAUGUUGAGGAAAGUGGUGGUUCAGUUGCUAUGCAGCAUCCUACCUUGUACUGGCUACUGAAGCAGGGCGUGCUUAGUAAAUGGGCUGUAACAUUUUUUAAAACAAUAAUAUUGGGAAUGGUUUCACUUGGGGUUGGCACUGGUUUGUAGGCAAGCACUGAUCACCCCACACUUUGGGAAAAGGAGGAGCAGGGAGCAGGCAUGUGAACCCUGCAGCUUGUGUCUGCUCAUUGUUAAACUGCCAUCAUACUGCAGUUUGGCAUUAUGGCUGAAUAUUAUUAGGCUACAGUGAGCUUCAUAGCUGAAUGAGGAUUUGACCCCAAGCCUCUCUUGUACAUGUUUAACAUGCUAUCUACUGCACCAGUAUUUCCCAGGCUUAUAAUAAUCGUAUAUCCCUUUUGAGACUUUAGUCUUAUCGGUGUACCUCUUUUUGGGCAAAGAUAAUUGGGGGGGGUAGUUUCCAUAAUACUGUUUUAUCUCUGAUUGUGUGUGGCUGUGUACCCUUUGAAACCCUUUCUCCUGCCCCCCACUGGUACUUUAAAUAAUAACCUGAUUUUUGCCGUUCAGACUUCGUACUCCUCCACUUGCUUCACUACAGUAGUAAAGACCUACUUCAGAAUAGAGUGAACUUUGGAUUAGUUGCUUGUGCACAUAGAUUACCAGCUCAUUUAAACUAAGGCUGUAGGAAGAGAAUGAUAAUUUUAAUUGCUGCCAAAUUACGUAGUUUGGAUUGGAUUUAUAGCUCAGAGGCACAAUUUUUCAUCUCUUGGGCCAGGGUGGAUUAAAAAUGGAUGAUUUUAUAUAAAUGGAUUUUUGAAUAAAUGAAAUUAUACCAAGUGCUCCCUAAAAUAACUUGGUUUUAAGUUGUUUCUGAGUUUGAAAAAGCCAUUAGAAUCUACAUUUACAUUCUCUUAAAACCAAAUCUCUUAUCACCCUGCUAAAUAUAGUACAUUGAACCAAAGCCUGAUUUCCUAUGUUAAAGAAUGAAUGAGAAGCAAAAAAAAAAAAGUGUCAUGAAGUUGAGCAUUACACAGAUGACACAAUAGGUUAUGAAUCAUAUUAAUUAUUGUGAAAAUUGUACAUAUGUAGGCAGUCCAGUAGACAGAAUGUUCUUGGUAUGGAGGGAUGUUUUUGGAACAGGAUGUUCCAGGUACACUGUUCUUGGUAGCGCUGCAGCUGUACAGUGAAUCAGACAAAAAAAUUGGGACAUCCGUUUUCUUUCCUUCUCCUGUGUGCUCCCCACACUGAUUUUGAGGGCUCCCAGGGGGCUGGAGGGGUCAGGAGAAGAAUCACCUAUGGAACUGCAUGAUUGGAUAUGGCCCUUAAUUUCACAGCUGUUCCCGUAACUACACCUAGAUUCUGUAGUAUAAAAGACAUGGGAGCUGCACCCGAAGAUCUUUGGGUACUGUUCAGGUAUUUUAGCUGUUCUAGCAUUCAGUUCGUAGACAUACUUUCCCCCUGCCCCCCAAAAUGCACUAAUCAGAAAGUUGGGUUUUUUUUGGUUUAAAUCAUUUCAAUAUGUCCUGAACUAUUUAAUUUUCACAACAGACUUUAUAUCAGGCAUAGGCAAACUUGGCCCUCCAGAUGUUUUGGGACUACAACUCCCAUCAUCCCUAGCUAACAGGACCAGUGGUCAGGGAUGAUGGGAGUUGUAGUCCCAAAACAUCUGGAGGGCCGAGUUUGCCUAUGCCUGCUUUAUAUGUUUGGUACCCAUUGAAGUCGAAAUCGAGAUAGAUUGGAAGGUUGUGAUUUAAAAAGAAAUUGAAUGCCUCUAAAUAAUUACAACUAUGUUUACCACUACAGUGGUACCUUGGUUGUUGAAUGGCUUCGCUCCCAAACAAAUCAGCUCCCGAACGCAGCAAACCCGGAAGUGAGUGUUCCGGUUUGUGAACGUUUUUCAGAAGCCAAAUGUCUUUCGCAGCUUCCGAUUGAGUGCAGGAAGCUUCUGCUCUCAAUCGGAAGCCACGCCUUGGUUUUUGAACAGCUCCGGGCGUCGAACGAACUCCCGGAACGGAUUAAAUUCGACAACUAAGGUACCACUGUAUUGGACCGUAAAAUAAGUGCUUUUUAAACUGAAUUCUUAGUCCAAAUACUCAUUAGAAAAAUAGAUAAGAAUGCAACUUUAGCUAACAUCUAAAUAACUCUUGAACUAAUACCAUAGUCUAAGGGCUUUGGUCUCAAACGGCAUGAAACUUAGGAAGUUGCAAAAGCUUUUGGUGAUGUGCUCAUCUGUUCAAAGUCAAUGCCAAAUAUGUCACCGGGUUUCCAUAAUCCCCUUGUUGGUUAUGCGGCUAUUUGAACUGUUUGAACUGUUUCCAUCUUAUCUUAAGCAGUAGGAGGCUAACUGAGAUACUCUGCUUUGUUUCCCUUACGUUUCCUUUUAAUUUAUUUCAGUCUUUCCUCCCAGGUUCCUUCUAGUACUUUUCUCUCCUUGACUGUGUUUGCCCAAAUUUCAAUUUUAUAUUUGCAGAUUGGAAGAAUUGGCUGAGAUUUGUGCAAGAUAUGACAUCCCCCACAUAGUCAAUAAUGCAUAUGGAGUCCAGUCCUCCAAAUGUAUGCAUCUCAUUCAGCAGGUAAGGGACAUUUACCUCUAUCUUGGCUGUUACGUCUCUAGAUUAACUAGACUUUUACACCAACUUUGAAACUUGGAGCUUUCUAGCUGGCAAUACUGUGUUUCCCUCUGUUAUUUAUCAAUAAUAAUAAUAAUAAUAAUUUAUUAUUUAUACCCCGCCCAUCUGGCUGGGUUUCCCCAGCCACUCUGGGCAGCUUCCAACAAAAUAUUAAAAUACAGUAGUCCAUCAAACAUUAACAGCUUCCCUAAACAGGGCUGCCUUCAGAUGUCUUCUAAAAGUCUGGUAGUUGUUGUUCUCUUUGACAUCUGGUAGGAGGGCGUUCCACAGGGCGGCUGCCACUAUACUUAACUUAAUCUAUACUUAACUCUCUUACUAGUCGCAAAUUUUCCUGAGAGAAUGGGAGUGGAAGGAGCAGGGACAAUAGCUGCGAAAGAGAGAGAAGAUAAACCCAGAAUGUGGGGUGGUAAUUCCGCGAUCCACACCAGUUUUCUCAGCCUUCAAAAUUCUGAAGUGUCAGAGCCUGACUUGCAUGAGGAGAGUAAAAGGAUCUUGACCUGGAUGGGUUAAGAGUUCUCAACAGAAAAGGAUCUGUCAUGGUAUUUAAAAGCGAAUAGGGAAAUUAAAUUUCAAGCACACAGCUUUGGGAGAAUAUGCUAUGCAAGGACUAGAUAGUGCAGUGGCUAAGAAAAUGAGUUGUGAGCCAGGAAAUACCUGAUGCAAGAUUUGCUUUAGCAAGGAAUCCUAGGAAAGCUACAACCUCUCUUUCUCUUACUUGUUUUUUGUUUUUGUUUUUUGCAUAAUUUAUAUACUGCUUGAUUGUAAGGAAACCUCGAUAAGUGGUUUACAAAAAUAUGAAAUAAAACGUUAACAUUUCAAUUAAAAAGUUAUAUAAAAAGUAUUUGAAUGGUGCCCAUUCCACAGAGUUAGUCCAGGAGGAUGUCAUAGUCAGUGGUAUUGAAGGCCACAGAGAGACCAAGAGGCAGGAGCUAAGUCACACCCGGUUCUGUCCCACUCCCUGUAAAGGUCAUCUAUUAGGACGACUAAGGUUGACUCAGCCCCAUGGCCAGGCCUGAACCUAGUUUGGAAUGGAUCUAAACAAUCUGUGUCAUCCAAGAAUGCUUGCAGCUGCUCCUACCCUCCAAUCUUUUCCAUGGCCUUCCCCAAGUAAAGAAGCAUUUUCAACUGGUCAAUAGUUAAUCCACUCCAAGGGGUACAGGGCUGGUUUAUUCAGGAGAGGCUGUACCACCCCAUCUCUUUCAAGGUAGCAGGUACCACACCCCCUUCCACAAUGAAGCUGUAAGCACAUUCUGACCCAACCCACUCUUCUAGAAUUAGAAAGCCAGGGUAGAUGGGCUCAGAGGACAUGUAGCUGGGGAUAUAGCUGAAAGCCCCUUGUCCACGUCAGCUGACUGCAUAAGGCGAAACCGAUCCCACAACACAUCACGGACGGUGGCAUUGGAUACUUCAUCUGCGACUGUGACAACCGCAGAGUCAAGGUCACUCUGAAGUCAAGCAACUUUAUCCUCAAAGGGUGCAGCCAGUUGGUCACAGCAAGUCCUCAAACGCUCUAGUAAGUAACUGUCUAAAAUAACUCCACCAGUCGGCCACAGUGCAGGCUGCAAAAUGAGUCUUCUACACUGCAUGAUUAGGUGCACUAACCAGGGUUUGUUUGGGUCCAGAGCAAGUCUUGCGCCACUUGAAGGCAGCCCUGAUUAGGGAAGUUUUUAAUAUUUAAUGCUGUAUUGUUUUUAACACUCGAUUGGAAGCCGCCCAGAGUGGCUGGGGAAACUCAGCCAGAUGGGCGGGGUAUAAAUAAUAACUACUUCUUCUUCUUCUUCUUCUUCUUAUUAUUAUUAUUUGCUUCAUCCGGCUUGCUUCAUAUCCUGAAGCUGCCUAGAUUACCAAGGAGCCAAUGUUCAGGAGCGAUUGUGUCAACCGUAUUUCAUCUCACCAUUCCAUCGCAAAACCAGAGCUUCUACAGGAUCAUCAGCUUUCUCCACUGGAAGACACCCUACCCCCCAAGAAUAUUCGGGAAUCCCCAGUUUCCUGAAUCAGUCUCCUGGGGGAUGGGGCAUCUGAAAGGGCCCCCACCCUUGCAGGGAGGAAUUGCUGCUAUCAGUCCAAGCUUUGUACAUGCAUGCAUGCACCUGCAGUAUGAUGCUGGGGUGUGUGAUGAUAAUAAUACCGACAUGAGAGAUAUUUUGUAAAGAUAUAUGCAUGUCUUAAAAGACUGAAAAGGUGCUAUGUAAAUACUAGGUGUUUAUUAUUGUUGUUUAUUAAUGUGAUUCCUGCAUAUGAAUUGGCAUCCAUCUGAUUUUUCUAAACCAACAGGCAGCUCAGCCCACAAAUCAGUUAACCCAAUAUUAAGGGCAUUUCGAGCUCUCGGAUAUGGUUUCCCCAAUUUGGGGGCUUUUGCCACCAGUACUUCUUCGUGCAAAACGACGUCACUGUUUGUGAAACUUCCUUUGUUGCAAAAUUUGAGCUCCUUUAAGUUGUUGAGCUGCUCAGAUUUGCCACUGUUGUCUCUGUGUGAUUGCGCUGAUGUAUAGGUUAUGGAUAUGCAGCCAGCAGCAGCAGAUUGAGUUAACACCUGCCCUUUAGCAGCAUGUGAUGGGGAUGCCUGCUGAGGCAAGAGUCUUGUGCCCCUUUCCAACUGCCUAUCUUGAGUAUGAGUAUAAAUACUGUGGAACAUUUCUGCAUCAGUAGUCCUUGUCUAGCCAUCUGGCUAGCCAGUUUUCAUAAGCUUUCUGCUUUCUUGAUCUCCCCCCUCCCUCCAUUUGGGGGUGACCCCUAUGUUAAGAUAGGCCAGACUUCUUGGGAUUUUAGGAAUGUGGCUUAGAUUGUUGCUGAAAUCUGUUUGUUAAAGGUAUUUUAAUGGCAUACGUAGUUAUGGAAUCUGAACUUUUAAAAAGCUGCAUUUGGAAAGAUGCAAUUCUUGGUGACAGCAGUCACGAAAUUAAAAGGCGCCUGCUUCUUGGGAGAAAAGCAAUGACAAACCUAGACAGCAUCUUAAAAAGCAGAGAGAUCACCUUGCCAACAAAGGACCGUAUAGUUAAAGCUAUGGUUUUCCCAGUAGUGAUGUAUGGAAGAUGUAUGGAUAGACAGACACCUUCCUUGCAUGGCAGAAGGAAGGAAGGAAGGAAGGAAGGGCCUAACUAAGCAUGAUGUUUUUCCCAAAGCCAUGGUUUUCCCAGUAGUGAUGUAUGGAAGUGAGAGCUGGACCAUAACGAAGGCUGAUCACCAAAGAAUUGAUGCUUUUGAAUUCUGGUGCUGGAGGAGACUCUUGAGAGUCCCACGGACUGCAAGAAGAUCAAACCUCUCCAUUCUGAAGGAAAUCAGCCCUGAGUGCUCACUGGAAGGACAGAUCCUGAAGCUGAGGCUCCAAUACUUUGGCCACCUCAUGAGAAGAGAAGACUCCCUGGAAAAGACCCUGAUGUUGGGAAAGAUGGAGGGCACAAGGAGACGGGGACGACAGAGGACGAAAUGGUUGGACAGUGUUCUCGAAGCUACCAGCAUGAGUUUGACCAAACUGUGGGAGGCAGUGGAAGACAGGAGUGCCUGGCGUGCUCUGGUCCAUGGCGUCAUGAAGGGUCGGACACGACCAAACAACAACAACAACAAUUCUUGUCUUGUGGCCGAUAAAGGCAUACGGCAAAACAAGGGAUGCAUCAAAAUAUUUGAAGUGGGGAAUUCACGUUGGUGUGGGGUCUGUUUCCCUGUGUCCCUUAUGUCACAGCACCCAUGACACCUUCCUUCCCUAACUGUUCAACAUACACUGAUAUUAACCUACUCCAGCUGCUGGCAUUAGAUUCUGUUGAAUGAGAAAACAAGCUAGCACCAACACACGCAGAACAAAACUAAAUUAAUACCAACAAGAUAAGGGUUGUGGGAAUUUGCUUUGGGGUAGGCAUGUACCCUUGGGUGGAUCCUGAUUUGCAAAACAUGGUUUGGGGCGGGACGGUCUUACGGCAGCUGCACCACAUAGAACUGAGUGGGGUGGGGGGAAUCUUGAUGUGCCAAGCCAGAAAAUUCCAGAGAUAAAGAAUUAUCUAAUGAAAGAACUUGAAGAUGAGAGACCUCUGUAACACAGACUUGUUAUUAAAUUGCCUGAGGAAGGUAAGAUCUGGCGCUGGGGAACCAGGUGGGGCUUGUGCCCACCCUAUCUUUUUUCCCCUCAGGCCUUGAACGCCAGAAAUGAGAUGCGUGUAAAGACAGUAGUGUGGCAGACAAUGAACAAGCAAUAGGCCGGACAGUCACCACUCUUCCCAUCCUCACAAACAUAUUUUCAGAGCUGGCUGUAGCCAAAUUAACAUUUGUAUUGUGGAAAGCUCCACUGUUACAUAGGAACGCUGAGAUCAAAAUGUGAAGAACAAUUUAACUUUCUACAUCACCUGUAAUGGAAAUAAUAAAUCACUUCUAAUGAUAGUCUUGUCAAGAAAAUACUGAGUAGCACAAUUGGUCCAUUAGUCCACUGGGUUGCACACUGCUUUCUGUUUUGCUCCUGUUUGUUUAUGAUUUAUGUUAAGACAUUCAAAGGGAUCACUUUUACUUAUAUUUUUAUAUGUUUUCUGCUUUGCAUUGGGAAAACGGAUCUGCUCUGCUGAUGGGGGAUGCACAAUUUAUAGUAAACGUGGGUUCUUGGGGUGGUAGUCAACUAAGUUGUACUCAGAGUUGACCUAUUAAAAUUAAUAUAUAACUUAGUUGUGCUCAUUAAUCUCAAUGGAUCUACAAUGGUACCUUGGUUUGCAUACGUCUUGGUUUGCAUAAGUUUUGGAUUACAAACAUGUCAACCCCGGAAGUGCAUGUCCCAGUUUGCAACCAUUUUUUUGGAUUAUGACCUUUUUUUUUUUUUUUUUUUUUUAGGCUCCAUUGGCGAAAGCGUGCCUUGGGUUACAACCUGUUUUGGUUUACAAACAGACCUCCAGAACGGAUUAUGGUUGUAAACCAAGGUACCACUGUACUCAAAAUAGAGCUGAAUGUCACUCUAAAGCUCAAUCUAGGCAGGGUGGUAGUGUUGGUAGAUGGUUGACCACACCUGGGAAAUAAGUGUUCAGACCUUUUUGAAUAGAUUUCCUCUCCUUGAGGGUCAAAUUCACAGACUGGAGGUGCUGUUAGAUGCAGCGCUGGAUGGCUCUGUGUGCAAUUCUACGUACAAUUCAAAGGACUGGCUUUACCAUAAUCUAUAAAGCCCUGUGUAGCUUGGGAUCAGCUCUGAAACAAUGCAUCCCCUGAUGCUAUCUGAGAUGGUCGUUGUCCUGAGUUCUCCCACCAGAUGAAGAAAAGGAGGUGGGGAACAGGAGGACAGGUCCUUUUCUGUGUUGGCACCCUGCUUGUGGAGCACACACCAUCGGACGGCACACUUGGUGCCUAUAAUGAGUUUUUGGCACUAAGGUGGUGGUGGGGGACAACAUGUUUAUCUGCACAGAUGUUUUAACUUGGCAUAUGUUGUUCUGUUGUUUUAUUCCUUGCUGAUUUUAGGAUCGUAGCUGGAUUAUUUUAUUCUGCUGCUGUUCUAUCUUAGCAUGUUUUCUAUUCUUAAAAUGCCAGCCGCCUCCUAAGUCUCCUUGGUUAGGUGGGCUAGAAAUACGUUAAUGUAAAUAAAUCUUUCUGUUAAAAGACUCAUGCUUCCUAAGCAGUUCAGCGUGAGAAUGCAAAUUAAUUUAGUGAUCCUCCAACUGUAAAUUGAGAUAUGCAUUUGUGAUCUUACAGAAAGGUCUCUUACUGAACAGGAAUUUUGUGGCUAAAACCUCAUGGCACGUUUUGGAGAAGAGUGGUGUUGCAAGAGACCCGUCCUGUGGUUUUAAUCUCUAUUGUUUAACAUGGUUUUCCAAAACAGUUUUAACAAGGAACAAAGGAGCCCCUGUAAAGAAACCUGGGUACAAUCUACCAGACACUUCUCCUGUAUCAAGCUCCAUUGACGUGAAUGGGAAUUGUGCAAGACCCUGAUAAGAGACUUAGCUGCCUUUGGUUCUUUCCCUCCCUCAACUAUCACUGAGCAGGAGUCAUUUUAUCAGGAUACUGCAAAGGCUGAGGAGGGAAGUAGGGCCAUUAUCAGUGUCAGUUCAGUUCAGCUGACAGCACACCAUAGCUGUCAACCGUCCCUUAUUUGGCAGGAAACUCCCUUAUCCCAGCGCCGUGUCCCUCUGCUGUCCCUUAUUGAUGAUGUCCCUUAAAUUUCCCGGGUUUCAAAGGAAGCAGCUCCUCUCCCUCCCUCCCUGCUGGCCAGGGAGGCUCCAGCUGUGUUGCUUGGCUGCGUUGCUCACCCAAUAAGGAGUCUAAGAACGACUGGGGGGUGGAGCUUGCAUGCCUUGUGCCGAUCAAAUCGGCCGUUUUGCUUGGGGACUCGCCUUUGCUCAGCGCUUCCCAGCAGAGAGGUGACGGUGGUUUUCCUUGCUGCAUCCGCUUUGCCGGGUUGCUGCGCUGUGGAAACCACCACUUGAGGCUUCGUUUGGCUGCUGGCUGGGCUUUCUGCCUUUGGCUCGGAGGGGCUCAGAAGCCGAACAUACCUGUGCUCUGAAAAUCCCUUAUUUUGGCUGCUGAUCCCUUAUUUCCGAGGCUGCUGGUCCCUUAUUUUCAAAUCUGUAAGUUGACAGCUAUGCAACACACUUAUUUUUGGCUCCUCCUCUCCCAGAACUAUUUCCCUUCCAACUGGUCAUUCUAAAAAACUUCAAGACAUUUAAGAACAAAUGCCUGAGUUUCCUUUCUUUCGUACUCCUUCCCUAUCUCUUUUUCUUUUGGAGGCAGACUGUCGAUUUUAGUGAGCUGUCUGGGAGCCUUUGUAGCUAAAGAGUUGUUUUAAAUAAAUAUGUGCCAAGAAGGACUGACAGUUCUAAUUUUCCUGGUAGGUUGUACUGAUGGUUAGUGGCUUUGACUAAUACUUUGUUCAUACGCCUACUGGGUUUAUUUAUCUUUUAAUUAGCCGGCAAAAGAGAACCAUAAAACAAAUACAAAACAGAUCAAAGACAUCAGAAACAAAAGCAAUUAUCGUACCAACAGUAAAAAUACAAAAAGCAGUAGAUAUAAAAUAAGCUAAAACUGGAUUUUUUAAAGACCAGCUCCUUGUUUAAUCACAUAGAUUAAGGAUAGGUCACCUUGGUUCUCAUCUUGGUUCUGUGUCUGUCUUUUUAGGGAGCACGAAGAGGUCGAAUUGAUGCAUUUGUGCAAAGUUUGGACAAAAACUUCAUGGUUCCAGUAGGUGGUGCUAUCAUUGCUGGCUUCAGUGACUCCUUCAUACAGGAGAUCAGCAAAAUGUACCCAGGUAUAUAGUUUUUAAAUGGAUUUUUCUUCAGGAAACAACCCUGAAAGAAACUCAAAUAGCUUAUUCUCCCCAAUGAGAAAAGAAAUGAUUUAUAUCUUAUUUCUCUCUUCCCCACCCCCAGGAAGAGCAUCAGCCUCUCCUUCAUUAGAUCUUCUCAUUACAUUGCUGACCUUGGGCACAAAGGGGUAUCAACAGCUGCUAAAAGAAAGAAAGGUAAUAUUUCAAAAUUAACUGAUGGCAAAUUACAUCUUAAGUUGUAAUAAACACGUAACAAACAUUUUUGGAGCCUCAGCUGCAGUAGGCACAUGAAGCUUUCUUGUUUGGCCUGUAGCUAUGUCUUUGUUGUUGUUUUUAAAUGGGCUGACUACCAGGGCUCUGUUUUCUCAGUACAGUCGUACCUUGGAUCCCCAAAAACCUUGCGAGUCGAACGUUUUGGCUCCUGAACGCCGCAAACCCAGAAGUGAGUGUUCCAGUUUGCGAACGUUCUUUGGAACACGAAUGUCCAAUGCAGCUUACGCGGCUUCUGAUUGGCUGCAGGAGCUUCCUGCAGCCAAUCGGAAGCCGUGCCUUGGUUUCCGAAUGUUUAGGAAGUCGAACGGACUUCCGGAACAGAUUCCGUUCGACUUCCGAGGUACCACUGGAUGUGCCAUAUUUCCACGGUGGGCUGGUAUGCAUGCAAAGUUUAUCCAUAGUUCAGCACUACAGUGGUACCUCGGAUUACAUAUGCUUCAGGUUACAGACUCUGCAGACCCAGAAAUAUUACCUUGGGUUAAGAACUUUGCUUCAGGAUGAGAACAGAAAUCGUGCAGCAGCGGGAGGCGCCAUUAGCUAAAGUGGUGCUUCAGGUUAAGAACAGUUUCAGGUUAAGAACAGACCUCCAGGACGAAUUAAGUUCUUAACCCGAGGUAUCACUGUACAUGGAUGAGUCUCAGUGAGGCUGGGGCACUCCCCACUCUUCUUGCUUCCUCCCAUGUACAAAUCAGGAAUGCUUAAACCAGGAAUCUUGACUUACAACAAACAAUGGUAACUUGCCAAUCAAACCAACUUCAGAUCAUGGGUUAUGAAAGAAACUCAAAUAGAAAAUAAAUGAUUUCUAUCUUAUUUCUCUUUUCCCCACUCCCAGGAAGAGCAUCGGCCUCUCCUUCAGCUUCUUUAGCAAACGGUUGUUUGUUCUAAACCAAGAUUCCUUGUUCACAAAUAGCACUAAGCUGAUAUUCUUUGAAACUAAAAGUUAACUUUGCUGAGGUAUUCUGCUCUGGUCAGACCUCACCUGGAGUACUGUGUCCAGUUCUGGGCACCACAGUUCAAGAAGGACACUGACAAACUGGAACGUGUCCAGAGGAGGGCAACCAAAAUGGUCAAAGGCCUGGAAACGAUGCCUUAUGAGGAACGGCUAAGGGAGCUGGGCAUGUUUAGCCUGGAGAAGAGGAGGUUAAGGGGUGAUAUGAUAGCCAUGUUCAAAUAUAUAAAAGGAUGUCACAUAGAGGAGGGAGAAAGGUUGUUUUCUGCUGCUCCAGAGAAGCGGACACGGAGCAAUGGAUCCAAACUACAAGAAAGAAGAUUCCACCUAAACAUUAGGAAGAACUUCCUGACAGUAAGAGCUGUUCGACAGUGGAAUUUGCUGCCAAGGAGUGUGGUGGAGUCUCCUUCUUUGGAGGUCUUUAAGCAGAGGCUUGACAACCAUAUGUCAGGAGUGCUCUGAUGGUGUUUCCUGCUUGGCAGGGGGUUGGACUCGAUGGCCCUUGUGGUCUCUUCCAACUCUAUGAUUCUAUGAUUCUAUGAGGUCUAGGGCUGGGUGGUAUCUGGUUUUCAACACCGCAAUAUAUCACCAGCUAAACAUUGUGAUAUACCAAUAUAUCACAAUGUCUGAAAUAAGGAUGGAGCUAUGUAGAGGUACUGUUUUUCUCGCGUCAUGAUUUUUGCCAGCACCUUUUCUUGUGAUUCACUGGCCCCUGCAGGAGGUAGGGGAGAGCUGAGCCAGCAGAGUUAACAGGGGCUGCAAAAACCGAGAAAAGCAUUGGCUGGCUUCCCGGUUUUUCCCACAUUGUGAUUUUUGCAUAGCACACAAACACACAUACACAUCGUGAUUUGGGUUAUAUUGCCAGGUCAAAAAUUAUGAAACAGAAAUUAUAUGGCCUUCAAACCGGUUUUGGACGAUAUAUCACCCUGCCCUUCUGAAGUCUGCCAUGAGAGCCUGGAGCUUUGCUCAGGCUUGCCCAUGUAGUUCUAAGCCAUGGUUUAGCAUUACAUUCUGACCAACCUGGUGCCUUCCAUCCUGGAAGCUGCAGGUUGGUCCGCAUGAGUCACAACCUUUAAAGCCCAAUACAGCCUAAGACCCUCGUACCUACGGGACCGCCUCUCCUGGUAUGUCCCACAGAGGACCUUACGGUCUUCAGAGAAAAACAUCUUGGAGGUCCCGGGCCACAAGAAGGUUAGGCUGGCCUCAACCAGAGCCAGGGCUUUUUCGGCUGUGGCCCCGAUCUGGUGGAACGCUCUGUCACAAGAGACUAGGGCCCUGCGGGACUUGACAUCUUUCCACAGGGCCUGCAAGACAGAGCUGUUCCACCAGGCCUUUGGCCGAGGCACAAUCUGACUCCCUCCUUUGGUGAUCCUCAUAGAACGCUAGCCCAACGGUUGCCAUUAAUUGGAUUCUGAAUUGAUUUUAGAAUGAAUUGAUUUUAGAAUGUAUUUCAGUUAAUUGAUUGUGAUUUUAUGUAAAUUGUGUUACUUUUACUGUUGUUAGCCGCUCUGAGCUUGGCUUCAGCUGGGGAGGGCGGGAUAUAAAUAAAAUUUUUGUAUUAUUAUUAUUAUUAUGGCUGUGGGUGCUGUGGUGGUCCUGACACCCCAUUGAGCCCUUCCAUUCUGUUUGGGGUUUGAAUUAUGGUCUUAGACUGUAAUAGUUUAGACAUACCCAAGACCACCCAAUAAGAUUUUUCUGAUAAUAGGAUUACCUAGCCCCUCUAAUUUCAAAUUUGCAAGUAUCUUUUUUCCAUGCUUGCCUUGAUUUGCUAUCACUCUAUCUGCAUUAAGUACUUGGCUGCAACCUCAAAUGAAACUGUGUGCUGGGUCUACGUGAGACUGUUGGGAAAAGAGAGCUGGAUGUUAAUGCAGCGUGUAGUGGACAUGUCUCGAUCAUAACAUGUUUGGGGAAUGGGACCUUGCAAGCAACCACCCAGCACUUCCCUGCCAGAAAUGAUGAGAGUAAUUCAGGAACGUCCCUGCAAACCACCACCAAGUCUUGCAGUUGAGAUGCCAUCACCUUGUGAUGAAUGAGGCUGCAACGAAGCCUAAUAAGAUCAAUAGGGUAUGAUUUCCCUUAUUGAUUCCUAGCUAAAAAUAAUCAAACAGGUCCACAAGCACAGUCUCAGUGCAACAACCAGCCCUGCGCAGGGGGAAAAGAACUGUGAGUGUUGUGAUGCACUUGAAGUUGCAGAGGGACCAUUUGGUCAGCAACCCAUUAAUCACACCACAACAUCUUUAAACUCUAGGAAACACAAAAACGACAAUUGGAAGUACAAUUUUAAUUUGGCAUCCCUGUUGUGUGUCUCGCUCGUAAUAGAAUCUCCUAAAUUUGUUCCUAACUUUGUAAAACUACCAAGACGAGACCCAGCUAUAUGCGUGUCAUUGCCCUUUCUUGGACUGCAACACUUCAGGGAGUGUGUUUGUAUGUGGGAGAGGGUGCUUAAUAAAGUGGUUCUCAAGCAUUGGGGUUUUUUAAGGGAGUAUUUGUAGGCUAACAAAACUUGGGACAUCAAAAUGCAACUGGGACCUAGAGGAAGAAGAAGAAAACAAAAUGGUAGCCAAAUUAUAUUUGCAAGGUUUCCUCUUCUUUAACUGAAGUGCAUUUGUGGAAAUCUGACUAAUCUCUAAUAAUUGACCUGAAUUGGCAGUACAUCAGCAAAUACUAUAUCAUUGCUUUCCCCCACUCCAGUGUGAUGUGGGAGAUCUUCUGAUUUGCUGAUGUAAGGGAUUCUUGACAAAUGCAUGUUACUUCAGCUCUCGCAUCUCUGAACUCUUGAAUAUUUAAUAUAUUAUUUUAUUGUUUUGCAAGCUUAGAGCCAUUCUCGUGUUAGGCAGAAACAAAGUGACUCGCUGCUACCUAAAAUAGAAGCCUCUUUAAUUCAUGCCUAAGACGCCUGUGCCGUUGUGCGGUUGCUUUGUGUAAGCAAAACAACAAAAAUUCCAACCUGUGGCCUGCAGACAAAUGGUUGAACGUGACAUGUGGUGCUGCCUCUUCAUUUGCUACUGCAAUAAGAAUGUCAAGAUAUACUGUGUCUAGGUCGGUAGUUUCUUUGCAGUGCAUGUCACAAGAUAUAAAUAAGAUAAGCGCCAUGUGAAUCUAGAGUACCCCACAUGCAUACAUAUACGAAGGAAGCCACUCUCUACAUCACUGCAUGAUUCACUUCUCUGAUCUUAACUCCUCCCAAAGUGUGUGUGUGUUGGGAUGUGAGGAAAGCUGAUGUCAAUUCUGCUGUGACCGCAUCAGAUGGGAUAGGAUCUGUCAGUCACUCCUGCUGAAAACGCAUGGCAGAUUUUGCCACCAUACUCAGAGGAGGCUGCCUAUUUCUUCUCUGCAUGAGUCAUUGUACAGAGUUUGCUUCCUUCAAGCCAGGAGGCACAGGCAAGAUCAGUGACUCGUGUUGAAGAAGCAGGGAGGGAAGCUCCUGCAAGGGCAAUAUGUUCUUCCUCUUACUUGUUAAAGGUAGUCAGAGAAGAGGGAAAUAAGCGCCAAUCUUUAAUACAGAAAUGUUGAGACUAGUCUGGCCAGAGCAGCAGUGGUCUAGGUACCAGCAGGAACAGCUAAUUUGUAAUUGUUCCAGGAAAGUCCCAUAGUGGCUCCUUGGCAUAAAAUUAAGUGAAAUUCCUAAUGAUUCUUCACCAAUAUACUAUUAAAAAUGAAAACAAUUGUAUUGUUCCAGUCCACAUACACACAGGUUUCAAAAGUCAGUCUAUACUUCUAUAAAGCUGAGGGUUAGAUUCAUAGUGUCAGUACUUAGGGUUGUAUUGAAUGUAGAGCUGUGGCUAAGGUUCUGUCAGCAUAAGGAUUUUGCUUGUGCAAUGGACCUUUCUCCUCAUACCAUCCCCAAAAACUAUUCUGUUCUGGUGUUUUCUCAAACCUUCCAAAGAAUAUCUGGGGACAGCAUAGAAUGCACUUGAGGAGAGGAGGAAGAAAGUUCCAUUGCACUAGCAGGAAUUAACGUGCUGGCUUCUGCCAGUGCAACGGGUCAACUGAAUAUGGACCACAGAUACUAAGGAUCAUUUUCAACUGCCGGGAACCACAAAUAAUUUGGCUUUGGUAGAUGACAAAGCUCAAUGAAGACCAUGUAUCUUUAAAAAUGAUUAAUAUGUCAUUCAUUUGUUAUUGCUUUAGUUAAUAUAACAAACAAAGAAUUAGAUUCUAAUGAUUUCAGUGAAGAAGCAAAUCUAAGCAACUCAACCAUAUAUUUUAACUGAAACAGUAGUUCUGCUCCAUAAGCAUUAUUUUCUAAAUGUUGUGAAUCAGUUUCUUGUUUCAGAUUUGUUGUAGAAAUAAGAACUAUCACCUUGCUUUUCUUUAGUGUACUUUGAAUGUGUGUGUUCCUGAAUGGUAAAAUUUAAUAGUGGUGGUUUAUUGCCUUUUGCUCUGUGAAAGCUGAGGCACAGCUAUUAUGUUCUCAGCAGGAGCUAUUUAUAGCUUGACAUUGAGUGCUCUUUUCUAUAUUGGUUCCACUACACCUACUCAAAAAAAGAAGCCAGGCUAUUAAAAAAAAAAUCAGAAUAAUUUUCUCCCUUUUCUUGCCUUAUCCUCAUGUCAAAUCUUAUUGCAGGUUAUUUGAGCUCGCAUCAAUAAAGAGCCUAGCCAGUGUCUUGCAGAGGGGAGGUUAAUCUCUGCAGCAGAACCUGAUAGCUCGGCCCAGAUUCCUCCUCCCUCUGCAUGACGCAAAGGAACAUGUUUCAUGCUCUCCACCUCCGUGAGCGAUAAAUGGAUCCAUGACAGCCUUUUGCAAGGCCAGAGAAAGUACUGGAGGCUUUCAGUGCUUUUGUAAUACUGUUGACAAAUAAACAGGCUGCCUAGGGGCUAGGGAGUGUUUUCCCUAAGGCAGCACCCAUCCCCUAAAAUGGCAAUCUAUCCUUCUCCCAUCCCAGUUAUAACCACCCAUUAAGCUCCACUACUGAACAGAUAGUUUGAAUGCAGGUAUUGCUAGCCCACCUAGCCUUAUCCACUGUAAUGCACUGCCUAUCUUAGUAGUUUCAUGCAACUCUUGUGCAAUGGAGGAGCUGUGUAGUGCUUUUCGGCAAGCUUAUCUAUCAGUAAUCUGUCUUGUCUGGUUGAGAUGACGCAGGAUCCAAACUCCCCACUUGUCUGUGUGGAAUAGUCCUUUCACACCUGCACAGGUGGAAAAAGAUCAUUUCCUUCCAGCAGCCACUAUUAUGGUAGUGGUGGGGGGAUACUUGAAAAGGAAGCAGAAAAUACCCUAUGGGUAAGUAAAGUACCUGUGCAUUGCUCUUUGGAUCCCAACCAUUAAUUUGCUGGGGUUUUUUUUUCAAGCCUCCACUUAAGAUUUUGGAAAGUCUAGUUAGAUGAAACACUAAACCAUGUCCACUAUUAAUGAUUACAGACGAAAGAAAAAGAAAACCUCACACGUCUAGGGCUUUGUCUGCCCACUGGGAACUUCCAUUCACACAAAUCAAGCACAAGCCAAACAACACUGCUCCAGAAGCUUAUUAUAUAUUAAAAUGUAUGCCACUUUAUGGAACCUUCAGGUCCCAUAAAGCAGUAUACAAUUAUAUUAAAGAAUGGAACAAGCGCAACAUUUUUAAAAGGAUCAGUACAAUUAAACUGCAAUCAGCAGAAAAGCCGCAUGUCAUGUAACCACGCAGAGAAAACAAGUUAAUUUAGACCAGUGCUUUUUUUCUGGGGGGGAUGCAGGGGUACGCAUACCCCUAAACAUUUUGUAAAUCUAAGUUUGGCCUCAUUGAGGGGCAGUAUUUCAAUGAGUAGGAAAAUGAGAGUACCCCUAAACUUUUUUUUAGGAACAAAACACUGAUUUAGACUAGAGACCCACCAGUCUUGAAAAGGUUAGUGGCAAAGAGGUUAGACCUGCCUCUCAAGGGAUCUAUUUCCAGAAUCUAAGGGUCACAACAGCAAAGCCCUGCCCCACUUACCUGCCACCCAGAGUUUAGAUCAUGGGUAGGCAAACUAAGGCCUGGGGGCUGGAUUCGGCCCAAUCGCCUUCUAAAUCUGGCUCGUGGACAGUCCAGGAAUCAGUGUGUUUUUACAUGAGUAGAAGGUGCCCUUUUAUUUAAAAUGCAUCUCUGGGUUAUUUGUGGGGCUUGCCUAGUGUUUUUACAGGAGUAGAAUGUGUCCUUUUAUUUAGAAUGCAUCUCUGGGUUAUUUGUGGGGCAUAGGAAUUUGUGUUUUGUUUUGUUUUUCCAAAAUAGAGUCGGGCUCCCCACAAGGUCUGAGGGACAGUGGACCAGCCCCCUGCUGAAAAAGUUUGCUGACCCCUGCACUAAACCAUGGUUGGCGUUAUGAACAUGCAGCAGGCACAAGACUCCGGCUCUCUAAUCUAGGCAUACGGGGGAAAGUAGGAAGGCAAAGAGAAAACGUUGGAUUCCGUUUUGUGGUCCAUUGGUUUGCCACUUCAUCUAGAUAGGCAAACCUUGCCACAAAAAGCGAUUAGAAGUUUCUAAUCUUGGCACGAAAAAGGAAUGGAAAGGGAAGGGGGAAGCAGGUGACCCCAAAGCUCAUUCUCAUACUGCCAAACCAUGGCUUCUCAGGACAUCAGAGUAGCAUAUGGUUCUGUUCUAACAAAGAGUCAGCUAAAUUCUCCUGAAAAUAACUCACUCGAAAUGUCUACUCACUCAGACUGUGUAACAUGGGACACACACACACAUUUGAGACAUCUGUUUUCUUUUGUGUGAAAACUGCAAUUUGUGAAUAUCUCUGGGUUACUGGUUGUUGAAAUCCAUACUCAGUUAUACUCGUUUAAGAGCUUUGGAUAUGCCACACAUUUUGGAGGUAACUUUUUUUUUGUUUUUUCCUCAAACGCUGCUGAUCUAGCAUAAAGCAUUGUUUUACUUGGCUUUUUAAUCUAAUCUCUUCACUUCCCCCAUUGGAAAUUUAGCUGGCAUUUUAGUGCUUAAGUUGUUCAAUACUCUUCUAGUAUGAUAAGAUCCUUUUGUGUCUUGAGUUAAAUAUAGCACUCGCAAUGCAGAAAAAUCAAUGGAAUUCGGUUACAUUUCUCUUAAGUAAAACUUGUGUUUGGAGUCCUCGUAAAUUCCUCACAGAGUAGCCAGAUUUUCUAAUAGAGGUUAGAUAUGGAUUUGGCCUCACAAAAAGUAUUGCCGAAUAUAUGGCACUACUAAUUUAUUGUAUGGUAAACUGCUUAGUUAGCUGCUUGUAAGAUCUAGACGCGUAUUAAAAUAGGGGAAAAAAUAAUUCUGAAAGGCAGAUCAUUUAAUAAAUCACGGGUGUUUACUGUUUCGUUCCCCCUUGUUUCACCAUGUCACUUCAGUCAGCCAGCCACAAUUAAUUAAUAGUGUUAACGUCCUGGUUUUAAAUUAGCUGGUUUUACUGCUGCAAAAAGCUCCUAAAAGCUUAGCUCUGAAAGCUGCUUUGUUUGGGCUUCCUUGUGGUAGUCUUGCUUGGGGGAUUAGCCAAGGGGUGAAGAUUUCUGCCAAAUCCACUAUCCAUGGCGUAUAUAUUGUUCCUUGGCUUUUGUGAGGAGUGGGACAUGGGUUGCUCUUCAGUCCUCAUAAUGUUGGAUCUGCGAGAGGAGGCUGGUCUAAUCCCUGCCCUGCCUCCAAAAUUUUUCAUGCCACUACACUGACUGAGAAAUUACCAUAUUUUUCGCCCUAUAGGACGCACUUUUUCCCCUCCAGAAAUGAAGGGGAAAUGUGUGUGCGUCCUAUGGGGCGAAUGCAGGCUUUCGCUGAAGCCUGGAGAGCAAGAGGGGGUGGUGCGCACCGACCCCUCUGGUCUCCAGGCUUCAGGAAGCUAUCCGCAAGCCUUGGGAGCCCGCGGGAGUUCCCACCGGGCUCCCAAGGCUUGCGGACAGCAGCCUGCAGCCCGAAACCCGGGGAGCGCUGUGGAGUGUGCCCCGGGCUUCGGGCAGAUAUCCGCAAGCCUUGGGAGCCCGGUGCGACUUCCCGCUGGGCUCCCAAGGCUUGCGGAUAGCAGCCUGUUCUGGGGGCUGGGUCGGGGGAAGCUUGGGCUUCCUCCGCCCCAGCCCCGCGCCUGGGGGGAGAAUAAUUUUUUUUUCUUUAUUCCCCCCCAAAAAAACUAGGUGCACCCUAUGGGCCGGUGCGCCCUAUAGGGCGAAAAAUACGGUAAUUUGAUUUGAACUCCGGACUCAUCCAGACUUCCUUUUGUGCUGUGUUUCUAAGCACAGGUCUGUGUCCUAUUUUUUUCCCCUUUUCUUUUCUUAUCCUGGUGCUUUCCCCAGGAAAAUCCGUGUUUUGCUGCUAAAUCAGAGCAAACAGCAAUUGGGUUUUCUGCUGUUUGCUCCGAUUCAGUGGUAAAACACAGAUUUCCCGGGGGGGGGGAGCACCUACUUUGGGAUACAAGCUUUAUCUGGGACCAACUAAGUUUCCCUGGUCUUUGGUUACAUCCUUCCAGCUGGUCCCUAUAAAAUAAUAAUAAUUUAAUAAUUUAUUAUUUAUACCCCGCCCAUCUGGCUGAGUUUCCCCAGCCACUCUGGGGGGCUUCCAAUCGAGUGUUAAAAACAAUACAGCAUUAAAUAUUAAAAACUAAAAAUAAUAAUAAUUCCUGUAAAAAGAUGCAGGAAGACACUGCUGUUGGUUUCCUCAGUGCUGUUUGAUUAGCCAGCAGCUCCUGGUCUUUGUUGACCUCAAACCUGCUUGCUGCUGCUUUUGUUUUAACGGAUUAAUCUAAAUAUUAAGUAGGAAAUACUUGGUGGCAAACGUGAAGACACAAAUUUCCCGUGAAGAAUAGCCAAAAAAAGAACUAAAAGCAGUUGAUCCCCCUUCUCUCCCCCUAGGAAAUGUUUUCCUACCUUUCGGAGAAUGUGAAGAAAUUAGCGGAAGCUUACAACGAGAGGCUGCUGGAAACACCUCACAACCCCAUCUCCUUAGGUAAUUAGAGUAUUGUGGGAUAGUUGCAUCUGCAGAGAAGAAAUCUGCGGUGUAAUAAAAGCAGAGGGUGAUUAUAUCGUGGCAAAUGUGGUUUGUCACUUUCACUUCUGAACUGGCCAGGGAAGGUUUUGUUGUUGUUGUUAAUGGGAAUUACAGUGGUUACAGACACUUCAGGUUACAGACUCUGCUAACCCAGAAAUAGUACUUCAGGUUAAGAACUUUGCUUCAGGAUGAGAACAGAAAUAGUGCAGCAGCGGCGCAGUGGGAGGCCCCAUUAGCUAAAGUGGUACCUCAGGUUAAGAACAGUUUCAGGUUAAGAACGGACCUCCAGAACGAAUUAAGUUCUUAACCCGAGGUACCACUGUAUAGAAAUGUUGGAAAUAAAUAAAUAGGCUGAUUCCCCCCCCCCCCCAUAUGAAUGGGACACUUAGGCAUCCCUCUCUCUCUCUCUCUCUCUCUCUCUCUCUCACACACACACACACACACACACAUACACACACACCACUUUCCCAAAACUUUCUACUAGUGUUUGCUGUAGAAAGGAAUUAUUAUAAAUUACAGUAACCUUAGGGACGCGGGUGGCGCUGUGGGUUAAACCACAGAGCCUAGGACUUGCUGAUCAGAAGGUCAGCAGUUUGAAUCCCUGCGACGGGGUGAGCUCCAGUUGCUUGGUCCCUGCUCCUGCCAACCUAGCAGUUUGAAAGCACGUCAAAGUGCAAGUAGAUAAAUAGGUACCACUCCGGCGGGAAGGUAAACAGCAUUUCCGUGCGCUGCUCUGGUUUGCCAGAAGCGGCUUAGUCAUGAUGGCCACAUGACCUGGAAGCUGUAUGGCUGCUCCCUUGGCCAAUAAAGCGAGAUGAGCGCCGCAACCCCAGAGUCGGCCACGACUGGACCUAAUAGUCAGGGUUCCCUUUACCUUUUUACAGUAACCUCGUUAACUUGUAUUUUCAGCUAUGUCACUCAGAGAGCUAGAUAAACAAAGUGGGACAGCUGUCACGCAGCUUGGAUCUAUGCUUUUCACCAGACAAGUGUCUGGCGCAAGGUAAGUACUUCCGUCAACGCCUCCGAUUCAAAGACGCAUUGAAGCAAACUUUCUGGGAGCAAGUCUCACUUCAGUUGGAGCCAGUCUCAAAACUGACCCAAAAGAUAUGCAGAGGUUGGCAAGACAGAGCUUGCGUGCAACUUGGUUCUGUGCAUGUUUACUCUGAAGCAAAUCCCACUGAUGUCAGUGGCACUCACUCCCAGGUGAGGGCAGCUGGAAUCCAAACCUCCCUUAUGUGGGGCGUUGGUAGUAUCCUGCCUGCAGAAAGUCGCAAAGUGUGGCAUUCCAAGGGCAGGGCUGAGCUGGCCCUGGAUCAGCUGGAUCCCAAGUUGGUCUCACAGCCCAAUGACUGCCAGCAUUGGUGGUUGAGAGUCUGGAUUGGGCCUUUAGUAGGUUUGCUUUCCUUUUGUUGUUGUUUAGUCGUGUCCGACUCUUCAUGACCCCAUGGACCAGAGCACGCCAGGCACUCCUGUCUUCCACUGCCUCCCGCAGUUUGGUCAAUCUCAUGCUAGUAGUUUCGAGAACACUGUCCAACCAUCUUGUCCUCUGUCGUCCCCUUCUCCUUGUGCCCUCCAUCUUUCCCAGCAUCAGGGUCUUUUCCAGGGAGUCUUCUAUUCUCAUGAGGUGGCCCAAGUAUUGGAGCCUCAGCUUCAGGAUCUGUCCUUCCAGAGAGCACUCAGGGCUGAUUUCCUUCAGAAUGGAUAGGUUUGAUCUUCUUGCAGUCCAUGGGACUCUCAAGAGUCUCCUCCAGCACCAUAAUUCAAAAGCAUCAAUUCUUCGGCGAUCAGCCUUCUUUACGGUCCAGCUCUCACUUCCAUACAUCACUACUGGGAAAACCAUAGCUUUAACUAUACGGACCUUUGUUGGCAAGGUGAUGUCUCUGCUUUUUAAGGUGCUAUCUAGGUUUGACCUGGCUUUUCUCCCAAGAAGCAGGCGUCUUUUCAUUUCGUGGCUGCUGUCACCAUCUGCAAUGAUCAUGGAGCCCUUUCUCCCUCAUUAACAGGUUCUUUAAUUCCUCCUCACUUUCUGCCAUCAAGGUUGUGUCAUCUGCAUAUCUGAGGUUGUUGAUAUUUCUUCCGGCAAUCUUAAUUCCAGCUUGGGAUUCAUCAAGCCCAGCCUUUCGCAUGAUGAAUUCUGCAUAUACCCGUAUUUUUCACCCCAUAGGGCGCACCACCCCAUAGGACGCACCUAGUUUUUUUUUGGGGGGGGGAAUAAAGAAAAAAAAAUUAUUUUCCCCCCAGGCACGGGGCUGGCGUGGGGGAAGCCCAAGCUUUCCCCGACCCCAGCCCCAAGAACAGCCUGCUAUCUGCAAGCCUAGGGAGCCGCGCCGGUCUCCCCAGGCUUGUGGAGAGCUGUGCGAAGCCCAGGCGCGCUCUUUAGCGCGCCCCAGGCUUCGGAAUGCAGGCAGCUCUGCGCAACCUUUGGGAGCCCGGCGCAAAGUCACGCUGGUCUCCCAAGGUUUGCGCAGAGCUUCCUGAAGCCUGGAGAGCGAGAGGGGUCGGUGCGCACCGACCCAUCUCGCUCUCCAGGCUUCAGCGAAAGCCUGCAUUCGCCCCAUAGGACGCACACACAUUUCCCCUUCAUUUUUGGAGGGGGAAAAGUGCGUCCUAUAGGGCGAAAAAUACGGUAAGUUAAAUAAGCAGGGAGACAAUAUACAGCCUUGUCAUACUCCUUUCCCAAUUUUGAACCAAUCAGUUGUUCCAUAUCCAGUUCUAACUGUAGCUUCUUGUCCCACAUAGAGAUUUCUUAGGAGACAGAUGAGGUGAUCAGGCACUCCCAUUUCUUUAAGAACUUGCCAUAGUUUGCUGUGGUCGACACAGUCAAAGGCUUUUGCGUAGUCAAUGAAGCAGAAGUAGAUGUCUUUCUGGAACUCUCUAGCUUUCUCCAUAAUCCUGCGCAUGUUUGCAAUUUGGUCUCUGGUUCCUCUGCCCCUUCGAAAUCCAGCUUGCACUUCUGGGAGUUCUUGGUCCGCAUACUGCUUAAGCCUGCCUUGUAGAAUUUGAAGCAUAACCUUGCUAGCAUGUGAAAUGAGUGCAAUUGUGCGGUAGUUGGAGCAUUCUUUGGCACUGCCCUUCUUUGGAAUUGGGAUGUAGACUGAUCUUCUCCAAUCCUCUGGCCACUGCUGAGUUUUCCAAAUUUGCUGGCAUAUUGAGUGUAGCACCUUAACAGCAUCAUCUUUUAAAAUUUUAAAUAGUUGAGCUGGAAUAUCAUCACUUCCACUGGCCUUGUUAUUAGCAGUGCUUUCUAAAGCCCAUUUGACUUCACUCUCCAGGAUGUCUGGCUCAGGAUGUCUGGCUCUUUCCUUUAAGUCACCAUAAUUACCCCUGAAAAGUUCAACAAGUUAGGUUGUUCUGUGUUUUAUUCUGGGUGUGUUUCUGUAUGUAACUUUUUUUCCUUUCCCCCUCCCCUUUCAGGGUCGUUCCCCUUGGGUCUCAGCAAACGGUGAGUGGUUACACUUUCAAAGGCUUCAUGGCCCAUACAAACAAAUACCACUGUGCCUACCUCAAUGCUGCUUCAGCCAUUGGAAUGACGAAAGAAGAUGUUGACGUGUUCUUGAAAAGACUUGAUAAGUGCUUGAAGGCUCUAAGCAAAGGAAAGAACGAUGAAAAAGGUCUCCCAGCACUGAAUGAAGAAGUGGCCUCCGGUAUGGAAAAGUGCAAUUUACUCGAAGAAGAUGACCGAAAAUAGCUUAAGGAAGAUUCUUCCCAACUUAGGAUGUUCAGCAUUUAUAUCAGGGCCAUGUCAUGCAACCUGCAGUACAAUUAAUGGGGGCGGGGGGGAAUAACCAAAAUGUUAAGUGAUGCAUUCCUGUGAUGCAUUAAUUCCAUUUAAAUGAAUGGGAGGUGUUCAAGUGCGCCAUUGGUGCUGUUGUGCAGCUCCCAUUCAUUUCAGUGGGUCUUGCACUUUCCUUUUUAUGUUUACACAUUCGCAUUUCCUUGUGAAUGAUAAAUAUUGGAGCGUGGCUUUAUUUUCACCUAAGAAACCAGUUCAUUGGUUAGGGAGUUUUCCUUUCUGUAUAACGCAGGUUAUUCAGUGAUAACAGGUUAUUCUCUACCUUACGAGCGCCAUUUUGCAAGUGAGCAAAAACGAUUUAACGGAAAACGGAUUUCAUUUUUAAUUCACCCAUAUUACAAUAGGCUUUGCUUUUUUUUUGACUGAUCAGACCUCUUACAGAUGGAAGCUUUAUGGGUUCCCCUGUGAUGGUGCCUUGCGUUCUGUUUUAGAGUUCAGGAGAAGCCAACAUGAUGUGCAGAGACUGUUGGACUCUCAACUCCCAUCAGCCACAGCCAGCAUAGACAACGGUCAGGGACAUGGGAGUUGUACAACAACAUCUGGAGGAUGCCAUAUUGACUACCACUGCUGUAAUGCCUUGAAAGGGGGAUCAUUUCUCCUGUGAGCUGAUUUUAAUAUGUUAUUAUGCAUUGCUGCUUUCUGGGUAUUGGAUUCCAUAUUAUGGCAGUAACACCAAAAUGAAAUUCUGAAGUCUAGAGUUAUCGUCAGAGUCAGCUAGCAUUCCUUCCACUUCUGGGUUGGCCCCUAGCAUUGUAGCACUGCCUACGGUCAGCGAAUUUAGAAGGUUAUCUCAAGUGGUGUGAGAUUCAGGCAGAAGGAAAUGGUAGCCAUGGAAGUUGGGUAUAAAUCUACCCUUUAUGUGCUAAAGAAUAUAUGGCAGUAGCUAUUCCUGUCUGUAAUCUUGUUACACUAUACUACAACUGUAGUGAUUGCCAUUUAUGCAUAACAGAGCCAGGAUACUCAGUGACUGAUUCAUAACUGUUGCAGCAGUACCAUGUUAUUGUGCUAUUGGCACGUGGGGUGCAAUGUUUGUUUCUUGUUCUCUCUCUUGUCAGGAAAAGUCAUCUAGAUAACAUUUGUGUGUUGCGCAUCUGUAUUUUGCGGUCUGGCAUUCAAACUUCGUUAUAUGGGAUGUUACAGCAUACAUAACUACACUCUGCCUUAUUUGCUGCAACCUUCCUGUUCCAUUUUCACUCACACAGCACCCUUAGGUGUGUUUUAAAGUGAAGCAUCAACUUUAUUAUAAGGGAAGCAAGGUAAAAGAUGGUGUAGUUCUGCCAGUGAGAGCAAGACAGCUUCAAAGGUCGCCCACGCACAAGACUCAAUACAAGGUUAUUAUGCAUGCUGAAGAACCUCUGAAUUCUUUAGACUUAAGAGCUUUAAUUCAAAUAAUUGAGUUUGAUUUGUAACGGGUUGCUAUAGACAUGAGAAUAAGUAAUUACAAUCAGUGGAUGUUCUCAGGUAAAUUUAGGUGGGCACUCUGGUCAUCUUAAUUGAAUAAAUUAUAAGUUUUUCCUUGGU